UUCUUUUAAAGGCAUGCUCCCCUUUGGUUUGAAUCUGAGUUUAGAGUUGGUCUUCUUAUUGUCCAAGGGAAAGGACAGCCAGGGGACAAGAGGACACUUCUAACUAUGAGCUGGCUGGGGCAUCAUUUCUCCAGGUGGUGCAAGGACAUUUCCUUGCUCAGUACACAUGUACCAGUCUUCUCACCCAUGCCCUCUGAAGACGAGCUUUUAAUCUCAAACUUAAGAGGCCAGGUGCCAGCUAGUGUCGUGGUGAAGCAGCCGAUCCGUGGAGCCAGUGGCAGGACCACAAUCACAGCCAUUGUUCAGACUGGUGGGGACUGGAGCACCGGCCUCUUCAGUGUCUGCAGAGACAGGAAAAUCUGUUUCUGGGGUCUGCUUUGUCCCAUGUGCCUUGAGUGUGACAUUGCCAGGCGUUAUGGCGAGUGUCUUUGUUGGCCACUGUUACCAGGGUCUACCUUUGCAUUGAGAAUCGGCACCAGAGAAAGACAUAAGAUACAGGGGACCCUCUGUGAAGACUGGGUGGUGGUGCACUGCUGCUGGCCUUUCUCCAUCUGUCAGGUGGCCCGAGAACUCAAGAUGAGAACCUCUCGACUCUACGAAAUCUGUGAAGUCCCUGAACUCAAGGACACCCUGGUCUGAUAGCUCCUCCUCCUCACUCUCCUACACCUUCCUCCCAAAGCUGUCUCAGAAAGAUUGUUCUUUUGUUUGUUUUGCUUUCCAUAGGUAUUCACUGGACUAGGAGAAUAAAUGGUUUGCUCACUAGUGUA